CAAGCUGUCGCCCUCAGGCCUGGAAAUCUUCGCGGGUUCCCUGGAGACGACGCCUCUGCUAGGCCCGGCUGGAGGCCGGAGAGUCCACCCACCGCGCCCAGGCACACGUGGGCCCCUCGCUGCCCACCGCUCGCGCGGAGCCUCGGACCAUGUCGGUGUCUGACCAGGCAUUUGUCACGCUGGCCACCAAUGACAUCUACUGCCAGGGGGCCCUGGUCCUGGGGCAGUCACUGAGGAACCAGAGGCUGACCAGGAAGCUGGUGGUGUUGAUCACCCCUCACGUGUCCAGCCUGCUCAGGGUUAUCCUCUCGAGGGUGUUUGAUGAGGUAAUUGAGGUGAACCUGAUAGACAGUGCCGACUACAUCCACCUGGCCAUUCUGAAGAGACCUGAGCUUGGAGUUACCCUCACCAAGCUUCACUGUUGGACACUGACCCACUAUAGCAAGUGUGUCUUCCUGGAUGCAGACACCCUGGUACUGUCCAAUAUCGAUGAGCUGUUCGAGAGGGGCGAGUUUUCUGCAGCCCCGGAUCCUGGCUGGCCGGACUGCUUCAACAGCGGUGUGUUUGUUUUCCAACCUUCCCUCGAGACUCAUAGCCUCCUGCUGCAGCAUGCCACCGACCAUGGCAGCUUUGACGGAGCAGAUCAAGGCUUAUUGAACAGUUUCUUCAGUAGCUGGUCGACGGCCGAUAUCCACAAGCAUUUGCCGUUCAUCUAUAACCUGAGCAGUAACACAACCUACACCUACAGCCCUGCUUUCAAACAGUUCGGUUCUAGUGCGAAGGUGGUCCACUUUUUGGGGUCUUCAAAGCCUUGGAACUACAAGUACAAUCCGCAGACUGGCUCGGUUUUGCAGGAGGGCUCCGGGGUGGUCCACCAGCACCAGGCAUCAUUUCUCAACCUCUGGUGGAGCAUCUACCAUCGCAGCAUCCUGCCUCUUUAUGAAAGCCUCCGGGACGAGGAAGAGCACGCAUCUCCAGGACACACGGCUAGCCUCAGUGGUGUUGGGGCGCCAUAUGCCAAUUCAGCGUCCAGCGCUGAGGAGCCAUGUGCAAAUUCUGUGCCCAGUGCCGGGGAGACACGUGCAAAUUCAAUGGCAGGGUCCAGCCAGCCUUGGCCUGCUGAGGACCCUUCGGAGCUGAGCGUGAGAGUGGACGAGACCCCACCCUCACCUGAAGGAGGCCAUUCAGAAGACGUUGACCUGGCUGUCUCCAUUUCCGAGAUUUCUAUUCAAGAAAAGGUCAAGGAGCUGAGUCCGGAGGAAGACAGGAGGAAAUGGGAGGAGGGGCACGUCGAUUACAUGGGGAAGGACGCGUUCGCCCGCAUCCAGGAGAAGCUGGACCGGUUUCUGCAGUAACCCAGGACGUUGGGUUGCGUUGUGAGUGGUCAGACAGUCUUCUGUUGCCUGGUCCUGUUCCGUGGACGUCUCUGGUCCUUUCAGAGGGAAAAGGUGUCCAACUAUGUGCCUCUGUUUAUGGUUGACCAACUCAAGUGCCUCACAAAAAUAAUGUAGACCAUAAAAAACCCAGCUUGAAGCCCACGGCUGAUCCAAGCUACCUGUGCCUUCUUGGCUUCCUCAGCUGAGAGGUCCAUUGUUCUUUUCACACU